AUGAUAGAUUAUUGAUAAGGAGUUACAUUAACAUUGAGGAACCAAAUCAAACAACUCGUAUGAACCAAAUCAAACAACUCUUUUUUUAUAGAUAAACCAAACCAGAGGUGGUUUUGGGGAAGGGAGGGACAGGGUCAAGUGGGCACUGUUGUCAAAUUGUUUAUUAAGCUUGAUCAUACCUGUCCUUACUUGAUUGGUAUUGAUGAAACAUAGAGUUGAAUCUUUAAAUGGCUGAACACGAAAUUCAAUUUCAUUCCUUACAGGGGCCAAAUGGGAGCAUCUUCGGAUGAAGCUGAAAAAAAUUAAUGACCAGAAGCUUCCAAAUGGAGGAGAAAGUAAGAAAAUUGAGGAGAAGCGCCAAGAAAACGGCAAUCAGAUUCAGAAUAAUGAGAUGAGGUCUCUUCCCAUUGAUUCUUACGUUCUUACGUCCACCGGCCUGCGCACCACCCUUAAAGUUAAAAUACAACAAGGUCGUUAACUGGCCAAAGUUGGGCGGCAGAUUUCUCAGAAAACUACAAAAGGAAAUUGCAUCGUAAAGAAGUUAGACAUUUUUUUAUUUAUUUUUUUAAAUUUGAUGGUAACAUUUAUACAAAUUAAACUGUGGGGGGAAAACACUCACGCGUUAUGGACGGCAGUGACAAAUUUAUAAGGGCCACCGAGACUGGGAAUCUGGGGAAAUACUUGACUUUGGUUAUUUGAAAGCCAAACUGCACUUCUACAGGCUGCAAUGGAUACCAGCAGCUCCGCCCAUGGAGCCGCCGCUGCCGCCUCUUCGUCUUCCUCGCGGAGCUCAAACCGCUGGAAGUACGAAGUGUUCCUGAGCUUUAGAGGUGAAGACACCCGCAAAACCUUUACAGGCCACCUCUUCAGUGCGUUAUGCAAAGCCGGAGUUAACACGUUUAUGGACGACCAGCUCACAAGGGGGGAAAACAUACAGAGAGAACUAGACCAAGAAAUCGAAGGGUCAAGAAUCGCUGUCAUCGUCUUCUCGAAGAGGUACGCGGAGUCCCGAUGGUGCCUGAGGGAGCUGUCGAAGAUCAUGAGGUGCCGAGAAGAUCAAGAGGGGAAGACAGUGUGUCCAAUAUUCUACGACGUUGACCCUUCUGAAGUCAGGAGACAGGGUGGUAGUUUUGAGGAAGCAUUUCGGAAGCAUGAAAGCGAUCAAGAUCCAAACGAGGUCAAGCAGUGGAGAGAGGAUCUUAAGGCUUCUGCAGAUUUGAGCGGCUGGAAUCUCAAAACCACGGCCGACGGGUGUGAAUGGGUGUUUAUCGAGAAAAUUGUUGGGGACGUCAAGGGACGGCUGAAAACCAUAGACUUUAAAGAAGACAAGCACUCAGUUGGAAUGGCUUUUCGCGUGCAAGAAUUCAGUACUGAAUACUUAGACGUUGGAGGUUCACCUAAUGUUCGAAUAAUUGGAAUUUAUGGUAUGGGCGGUAUAGGUAAAACAACACUUGCCAGAGCAGUUUGUAGCAAUUAUGAGCAGAGUUUUAGUCGUCAAUGUUACCUUGAAGAUGUGAGGAGUAAAAAGAAAGAGAUGGUGUGUCUGCAAGAACAACUUCUUCGAGAUAUUUUAAAACAGCCUGACAUUAAGAUAAGCAGUGUUGCCGAAGGGACCAAAGAGAUCAUGAAAAGACUUGGAAGGAUAAAGGUACUUGUCGUGGUUGAUGACAUAGAUGAUGCAGACCAGUUAGAUAAAUUGGCAAUAAAACAUGAAUCGUUUGGUCCAGGGAGCAGAAUUAUUAUAAUAACAAGAGAUGAGCAAGUGCUGAAUAUACAAAAGGUGGAUAAAAAAUAUAAGGCACAAGCAAUGACAAAGAAAGAAGCUCUUGAGCUCUUUAGUUGGCAUGCCUUUGGAAAUGAUUAUCUCGAUAAAAAAUAUAACGAAUAUAUUGAAUUGGCAAGAGAUAUUGUUGAUUAUUGUGGAGGAUUGCCCCUAGCUCUUAAAGUUGUUGGUCGUUUGUUGGCUACGGAAGAGAGUAAAACCAUAUGGGAAGGUACAUUGGAUAAAUUGAGAAAUAUUCCAAAUGGAAAAAUUCAUGAAACGCUUAAAUUAAGCUACGAUGGACUAUGUGAUGAUCAUGUGAAGGGUGUGUUCCUUGACAUAUCUAAUUUCUUUAUUGGACUGCCUGUACAUGUGGUCACGGCAAUAUUGGAUGGUUGUAAUCAUUUUUCUGUAGAAGCAGAAAUUGCCAUACUCUGCAAACGAUGUCUCUUAUAUAUUGAAAAUAAAACAUAUAAAACAUUGAAGAUGCAUGAUUUGAUUCGAGAUAUGGGAAGAGAAAUUGUGCGUGCAGAAUCUCCUAUGGAGGGAAAACGUAGUCGAUUGUGGAAUAUUAAAGAUGCAAAAAGCGUGCUCAAUAAUGAAUCGGGAACAGAAGCAGUAGAAGGACUACACACAGGAGAUUCUGAUGACAAGCAAAGCUUCCGUACAGAAGCGUUUAAGAAGAUGUGGCGUCUGAAAUUUCUCCACCUGAUAAAUGUAAAGCUGACUGGAAGCUACAAACAUCUUUCCAAGGAGUUAAGAUUGUUGAUUUGGGAUGGAUUUCCUCUUGAAGCCAUACCAGCAAAUUUUGAUCAACGAAACCUAGUUUGUUUAAACCUGAGCAACAGCAAGAUGGUACGAGUUUGGGAGGAUUCGAAGCUGUUGCCUAAGGAGUUGAAGUAUCUCAUACUUAAUGACUGCCAUAACUUGACUGAAUUACCAGACUUUUCAAAACUCCAACAUCUCAAGGCAUUGGACCUCAAUGGCUGUAAGGGUUUGUGUGGGGGUUACCAUUUUUUAGCACAACUGAAGAUGAUUGAGGAAUUAUAUCUCAGCGACUGCAAUAUAACAGAUGGUGCCGUUCUCAAAACAAUUGGGAGUCUAUCUUCUUUAACAGUUUUAGUUCUAUGUGGGAAUGGUUUUAAUUGGCUACCCAUUCUCAGUGGCCUUUCUCAGCUUCAGGUUUUACGUCUAAAUAAUUGCACAAACCUUAAGGCAAUCCCAGAUUUGCCAAACAGUUUGUGUGUACUGCAAGCGAAUUACUGCACUGCACUGGAAAUAAUGUCUGACUUUUCAGAGAUGUCGAAAAUGAGGGUAUUGGAACUGAAAGACUGCCGCAAACUCAAAGAUAUUCCAAACUUGGAGAACUCAUUGGACUACAUGGAUUCACUUCAUAUGGAAGGGUGUACCAGUCUCACUGCUACUUUCAAGGAGAACCUCCAAACGAAAAAUGCAUUUGGUGGAAUUUUUCUCUCUGGAAAUGAUAUUCCUAACCGGUUAGCCUAUGUCGCGAGAAAGGAUGUAACUGUCAAAUUUGAAGUGCCGCCAAGUAUUGAUUAUAUAGGAGGGUUGGCUUUGGGCAUCGUUUAUUCUUCAGACUUCUACUACUCUACUGGUUCUCUACAAAUUCAUGUUAUUAAUUCUACCCAGCGAACUUAUUUUCGCAUCCGACCAAUGGAGGCCACCGUAAUUGCUUCCCAUCGCAUCCUAUGCAUCCGACGCAACCGACCACUGGAGGACACCGUGAUUGCUUCCCCUGAAUAUCGUCUUUGGUUGGGAAAUCUUUCAAACAAGAAGCUCAAUCUAAAAGGCGGCGACACGGUUCUUGUACAAGCACAAUUUUGUGGACAAGAUAAUAGAAUUACGGUGAACAAAAUAGGAGUGGAUAUUGUAAAAUGGGAUUUGUCUGAUGGUGGUACUAAUUGGGACAACUAUGUGACUAUGCCAUAUGAGUCUUGUGUAGACACUCUUGACGAUACACAACAUAUUUUCCUCUGCUACAAGACCCCCGAGGCCUGGCCAUGGCGCAUCGAAGGCUCUGAGUCCGAUCCUCUCCCUAAGUUCUUCGCAUCUGCUCUCGAAGCUCGCAAGAACGACAUCAUCGUUAAGACGUUGCUGACAGUAAUUGAAGGACACGAAGGAACUGAGUUUUCGGACGGCGAUGUGUUGAUUUUCCCACAAAUGAUCAAAUACAGGGGCUUGAAAGAGUCGGAUGUGGACAUCUUUGUUGAAGAUGUCCUUGUGAAUCACAAACCAUGGGCUUCCGGAGUGCAAGAGCUGUUGAGUGGCUCCCAUGUAUUUGUAUGUGCAACUAAUGGUCGACAUGAAGGCCAUCGUGUUUCGGCACGUAUUCUCAUUGAUCAGUUCAAAAAGGAGGCUGAAGGAUUGACGAAUCAGGUAUUUGUUACUGCUUGCUAUCAUAUUGGAGGCCACAAUUAUGCUGGAACACUCACGAUCUACAUCCCAGAUUCAUAUGGAAUCAUAAGAAAAUAUAGUUGUAGCAACGUCAUUCCUGAUGAUGUGCCGAUAUUGCUUGAUAAGCCUACUGUGAUAAGAAAGAUUUGGAGGAUUGUAUUAUUGAUUGCAGUUGUAGCAACGUCAUUCCUAUGUCUUUGGUCUUGCCCACUGCUUUUGAGGAGAUUUUCAUUGGACGAAAUCGCUGUUCUCGUAGCUUUUGCCGUGGUUGGAGCAGUGGCAAUUGGAGCUCGAUACUAUAUGUUAUAUAGAUGGUUGCUGAAACGCACUCUAAUCCUCCGAACCAUGCUCUUAUAUGAAAGGAGAAAUUUAAUAAACUGUUGAAAGGUUUUAUCUUGAUUGC